GCAAUUAUGACUUAGUUCGUUAGUUUUGAGAUUUCUCCAUGGGGUGAUGAACCUAGUUAGUAGUUUGGUCGUUACUGACCGAAGAUGACAAAAUGCUAAACCUGUAAGAAUUAGGCAAACCAAAAUGAUUGGUAAUGAUAAAAACUACAAAUUACACAUAAGUAUCUAGCAUAAGUUACUAUAUAGAAUAGACUUUUUUAAAUUACAGCAGUGCUUGUGUAACAAACAAUUUUGUUCUCUUUAUGAUUUUUUUUAUUAUAAGGUUAAACAAGAGUAUUUCUCCUCUUGUUUAACCUUCCAAUUACAUAUAUUAAUUACAUUUGGAGGGAAAUUGUGAAACAAUUAGCUUUUUUUGUAUAAUAGGAUUUUCAGGUUGAAAGACGUUGGACUGCGGUUAAGUAUGAGGGUCAAGGGUUUUCCAGAGGCUUCUGUUGGAUAAGGUGUAGGGAACUUGGGCAAUGUUUCGAAGCAUUUGAGAGUGGAUUUUUUUGGAGGUUGUAAUGCUUUGUUGAACCCCCAGUUCAAUUCCGUACGUACAAAUUGGUUAUGAGACGUUUUUGGUCAUUUUUUUCUUUUAAGUUGAGCAUGGGGCUCCAAGUAAAUCUUUUGGUUCGUGUAACCCAAAUAGCAAACAAAAUCGGUUGCUGGGAGAGUAACAGGGUUGGAAUAGAUUGGAGAAAUGAAGGUUAUAUGUUGGGAUUUGAGUUGAGUCAAUUUUUUCACACUCCAGACAUUUCUGGGUUUGCUAAAAAAUUGCUCUGCAUAUGAUUGGGAUUUAUAGGUAUAUCAGUAUACACUGAAUAGAGAAUGGGACCAAAGCUGCUGCCUUGUGGAACACCUGCUUUGCUAUGAAUGAUGAAGUAGCAUGAUGAUGUGUACCUGAGAUGGACAGGAUGAUGUUAAGUGAAUGGAAGGAUGCCGUUGAAUUCCUACACUUUAGCAGGAACCUGAAAAGCGUACUAUAAAAAGAGCAAGGAAUGGUUAUAAGGGUUAUGAACUUGGUUAUGUUGCCUGGGCCCAAAUUAAUGGGAUGAAAUGACUGGACCUUUCAAAGCUGGGAUAUGUUAAACUUUACUAAGAAAUAAAAAUAACUAUCAUGUAACAUUUGUGUUUUUGUGAGCUCCCAAAAAGAAAGCUGGAAGGGGUACAAUAAGCUGUAAAACUGCAGUGCUCAGAGGGAACUCAAGUUUCUGGUUCCUUGAUCAAUAAAGAAAAAAUUAAGUUUGAAUGAUUGGACCAAAAAAUAAUUAUUAUUAUUUAUAUUCUAUGUACAAAACUAUACACAUAUUUCAAUAAAAAUACUGAUACAGCUUUUAGUGUGGAUUAAGCGUUUUAAAUACAAUAUAUAAAAUAUUAAUAUAAUAAGAACUGUAGUAACAUGUACUUGACAAGAGAAUAAAAUAUAAAAACAUGUUUUUUAAACUUUUUUGUAUUAUCACAGUCAGCUUGUCAAUCACAGCGUUAUGAAUAUGCAGGAGGACUGUUUUUUUUCUCCCCUUGAGAUUUGAGAAAAUUUUUGCAUAUUUGCAUUUUGUUUAGGCUCAGCUUGUCAUUUUCCUGUUAGAUAAUUUUAUUAGGAAAUGACUCACGAGAGGUUCUGAUAAGACAUUUAGCCUUAGCGUUCUCUUCUGCCAGUAAUAAAUUCAGAUUCAAAUAAGAACAGGACAAAAAUAAAAUGUUUAUAUCUAGGGAUGUUUCGUUACUUGGAGACCUCUCUAGAAACAAUUCAAAACAAACACAAAUCCUUUCUUAAUUCAAGCAAUGAUGACUCCUAUAUUGAGCACCUCUCUCCAAGGCUUAUUCGUGGCGAAGCACUUAUCGCAGAGGCACAGAACGUCCUUAUGUUCUCGCCCGUCAGGGACACCUCUAUGAAAUCGACGACCGUGUCGUCUCAGGGUAGAUCCGGGCUGCUCUGCGUCACUUCAUUCAAACUCUCUUUUAUCACGUCCGAUGAAAAAACAAGACAGGAGGUCAGUUUUGAAGAUGUGCUCCACCUAGGUGAGAAUGAUGUCUGCCUGACGAAUGUCGACUCUUUGUACAUCUAUGGGGAUAAGAAAAAGAAGCUGGUCCCUGGAAAGCAGAUCGCUGAAAAAGUCAAAGGGCUUUAUGUUGUUUGUAAGAAUUUGAGAGUGUUAUCAUUUAGCUUCAAGUUUUCUCCGAUUGGCCAUGGAAAAACCUUAACAAACACCUUACUUCAUCAUGCCUUUGCGCAAAGACAUCCCCUACUUUUUCUUUAUGAUUAUGGAGAACUCGUACUUACUGCAAAAACUGAGACAAAUAUGUUUCGGGAGGCAGGUGACUGGGGAAAGGAGCUAGCAAGGACACACUGCUAUGGUUGGCGUCUCUCAGCAGCAAACCUUAAUUUUCACCUAUCACCAAGCUUAUCGAAGUGGAUAGUAACGCCCGCUAAGGUGGUCGACGCCCAGUUGAUGACAGCAGCGCAGCAUUUCCGCGCCAACCGGCCUCCGAUUUGGUGUUGGUCGAACUCGGCCGGUGCCGCUCUGGUCCGCAUGGCAGACAUCAUGCCCACUAUCACGGACAGGUACGUCUACCACAGGGCGCAUUUACAAUUCUAUACACCAAACCUCUGCUCCAGGCAACAGGAAAAUCUUAUGCUGGAAUCAAUUAGAAAAAGUCACCCAAAGCUUACAAAGCCAAUGGUUUUAGACCUGACCAGGGAACUUCCCAGUAUAAGGGACAUCCAGCACAGUUUUAUGAAACUGAGAGAACUUUGCACUCCAGACGACGCGAAACAUUUCUGGACUCAAGAUCACCAUUUCCUGUCCAACUUGGAGAACUCAAAAUGGCUGUUGUAUGUUUCCGCAUGCCUUAGAAAGUCGGCGGAGGCUGCUGAAGGCUUAUACGAUAACAUCACCGUCGUGCUGCAAGAAUGUGAUGGACGUGACUUGUGCUGUGUUAUCGCCUCCUUGACUCAACUCCUGCUCGACCCUCAUUACCGGACUAUUUAUGGAUUCCAGUCUCUAAUUCAAAAAGAGUGGGUCAUCAUGGGCCAUCCAUUUUCAACUCGAUUAGCCCAUGUCUACAAUCCCGAAACUGUUCAGUCUCCAGUCUUUCUUCUGUUUCUUGACUGCGUCUGGCAGAUAGUUCAGCAGUUUCCAACUAAUUUCCAGUUCACCGAGACAUACCUUACACUUUUGUGGGAAACGGCGCUUGUUUCCAUUUUUGACACUUUUCUCUUUGAUUGCGAACGAGAUCGUCUUCUGGCCUACGAGGAUCCGGCGAACAAGCUGACCUUGAGGAGCGUCUGGGAUGAGAUUUUAACAGGAAAAGAUGCACCGUUGCUUUAUAACCCAGUUUACGCGCCGCACUCGCCAAAUAUAACGAUUAGCUAUCUGCCGGUCAACCACAGGAUGCCCUGCCUACUCCUCUGGAAGCAGUGCUACUUCAGGCAUAUCCCACUUCUUGAAAUCAAAGGUGGUGGCAAUCCACAGAUUGAUUUCAUGAAUCGUCUAUUAUUGGCCCAGUCGGAAAACGACGGUGACCUGGGCACUGAUUCGUUUUCGCCGGACGCUUUGUCCCAAUACGGUUCUUUCUUCCCGUUUUCAAGGGGAUCUUCCAUAAUGAUGAGCCCUCCGUCGGCACUCCUCGUCAGCUCACUUUCGCUCAACACCAGUUUCUACUCGUCUGAGAUAAUGCUCGACUCGCAAUCAAUAUUGAACACUCCUGACUGAGUCUAAAGAAUAAUAAGAAAAAACGUAAGUGAACAAUUUGUUUAUUAAAAAUUUUUUUCUGCACCUCAUGAUUUUUGUCAAAUGAUAAACAAUAAUCAUGGAGAAAAGGUUCAAUUUAUAAGUGAAUGUUGAGAAUUAAAUUGAUAAUUGUAAUAGUCACUUUAGAUUUAAGGAUGAUUGUUCAAAUGAAACUCCAUGUCUGUGAUUUAUUGUUUUAAAUAAUGUAUUUCACCUCAGCAAAUAUGUUUGUAUUUUUAAUAUAUUCUUUAAUAUAGAAAUAUUUUAUUUUAUAAUAGUCUAAAAUUUAUACAUGUUAGUUCAUAAAGUCCCUAAGGAAAAAACAAACCAAAUGAAAAAAAAAUUAUGCCUAUAUUUUUUAAUAAUCUUAUAUUAUAAUUAAGUAUCUGUAUAAGUUAAUUUUAAGUUUAACUUUUUUUCAAGUUUUAAAAACUAAUUGUACAUGCAUUGUACAAAACUUGUACAGAUUGGAUGGCUAUUGAAGCAAAUUUGCAUGUGGCAGUGCUGACCAAUAGUGGUGGUGAGUAGAGUUGUACUACUUGUUUUUGUGGAAAAAUUUCAUCAUCUGUAAUGAUAGUUCUUGAUCAAACUCCUCAUUCUUCUUGAUCCUAAACUUCUCUGCUUUGCGUUGUCUUGCGCCUCGUCCAGGUUUUGAGCCCUGAGUCUUGACUCGAUAAGCCUGAGACCUGUCAAAAGCCGAGGUUGAAGGUGUUUGUGGGUUAGCACUUGAAUUCAAAUCUUGAUUUUCCACAUCAACGAUUUGUAGUUCAAGCUCGUAGGGAAAGCCACGAAUUUGCUUUUAAAAACUAAUAAGUUUAUUAUUUGGUGUCUACUUGAGUAAAUUUGCUAAAAUGUUCACAUCUACCCCAAUGUUAAAAAUUAAUAAUUUUUUAUUUUUAACGUUAAUAAUAAUUAUAUCAUUAAAAAGUUGUUAAAUUUUGCCUUGGCUGGCAUAAAAAUAUUGCCAAAGAAAUCAAAAAGAUUUAACUUAUGUUUACAGUUGUUUUUAUCAACUUCUGUACCUGGUAUUGUAAAAAUAUAAUAAUAUAUAUAAAAUGAAAGGUAUCCAUGGGAAAGUAAAGAUUUUGGUAACUGUUGGAUAACUGCUGGUUUAAAAAAGUUAAAUUUUUUUAGAAAAACAUUAAUUUUAGUUUAGAAAAGGAUCAAUUUCAUUAAGCGAAACUCAAUUUGAUAUGAACAAACUAAUUCGUU